AAUGAAGUUGGUAUGUUUUUUUGUGAUUACGUUUUUUAUCAUUAAUUUAUACACAAUAUUUAUAUUUUAUAAUUUAUUCGAUGGACGGAAAAUUGAAGUUUUUUGUUAGUUUUGCUGUUGUCGUGAGUUUCUCGUCCAUAAUAAGCGGGAAUGACAAGAUUUACCUCAAAGGUACAUAUCAUUUGUCUAUAUUUUAUUAUCAGAUUGAACCAACCGAACUCCGACAUAUUGUCGUAGACGCUCUGAUUAAACAGCAUAAGAUUCAACAGACGCUCGAUGAGAGUAGUUAUAGUAACAGAAUUGUUAAGAAAUGGAGGAGUUUCAGAAAUUAUUUCACGAAAGCUAUUUCGAAAAUAUUUGAUCCGUCGUUUUACAGAGAUGCGAAAACUGGAAGAACAUUAAAAGAUCUGUUACUCAACAAUAAAAAUAUUACGAAACGAUUAGGUUUUGUUAUUCAGUUUCAAAAUAAAAAUCCAUUGAACCGUAAUAUUGAGGAAAAUAGGAGAAGAUCGAAACGCAGAAAAAUUAAUAGGAAUGAUGAUGUAAGCGACGAAUACCCAGUUGAAUCUGUUCAAAGUAGUAGCGAAGGUGAUAACGAAGAAAACAACGUUCCUGAGAGAAUACAAAAUGGAAGACAAUCGACAAAAGAAUCUGAUUUGGAUAGUUUAUUUGAAUAAAUUAUAAGUAAAAAUUAAUUCACUAUGAACAGAAAAAAAAA